UUAUGUGGAGCAGGUCCAAUUGUGAAGAUUACAUGUAAAGCUGGUGAUAAAGAUAUUGUUAAAUAUGAAAAGACUAAUGUCCGGGAGAAACACAGCAUCUUAUUCAAGGAUUAUGAUUUUGUCAAGCAUGGAGCCAAAGAAUGCAAGGCUUCUCUUUACUUGGCUCCCAAGUACUCUUUUUGCAACAUCCCCACCAACCCACAAAAUGGUGAAAAGGGAGCUAAACUCAAGUUGAAAUCUAGGACAUACCAAAAGGUUGUCCUCAAGGCCGAGUAUUUUGCUUAUGCACCCAAGUAUCCUUCUAAGGACUGUGAGAAGCACAAGCACACGCCAAAUCCAAAGCCUAAACCAACUCCCUACUAUUACAAGUCUCCCCCUGCCAACACCAACUUACCAUUACAAGCCACCACCUCUGCUAGUUUAGUACUACAAGUCACCACCACCACCUAUGCCAAGCUAUUACUACAAGCCUCCACUCCCACCUUUACCAGCACCUUAUUACAAAAUCCUCUCCUCCUAACAUUUAUUACUAGUUUACUACAAGUCACCUCCUCCAUGACUUACUGCUACAACUUCCCCUCCCCCCUCUACCACCACCAACAUAUUACUACAAAUCACCUUUUCAUCCGGUCUACUACUAUAAAUCACCACCUCCACCUCUACCAACUUACUGCUACAAGUCUCUUAAUCCUCCAAUUUACCACUACAAUUCACCACCACCACCCUCACCCACAUGAAUACAAGUCUCGAUCACCACCAUCACCAGUCUACUACUAUAAAUCACCUCCUCCCCCUCCAUACUACUACAAAUCUCCACCUCCACCACCCUACUAUUAGUCUAUUACGUCACCUCUCCACCAUCAUCUCCCCCACCACCUCCCUAGUCCCUACUACUAUAGUUCCCCUCCACCACUAUCACCUUCUCCACAUCCUCCUUACUAGUGCAAAUCUCCACCACCACCAUCACCAUCACCAUCUCUUCCACCCUCAUACUAUUACAAAUCACCACAACCACCAUCAUGUUCUUCUCCACCCCCAUACUAUUACAGAUCACCACCACCACCAUCACCUUCUCCACAUCCUCCUACUAAACCUCUCCACAGCACCAUCAUCAUCUUGUUCUCUCCCAUACUAUUUAUUACAAAUCACCACUACCACCAUCAACAUCUCCUCCACCCCCGUGCUAUUACAGAUUACCACCACCAUCUUCACCAUCUCCUCCUCCUCCCACCACCAGCAUCACCAUAUCCUCUACCUCCCUACUACUAGAAAUCACCUCGACCACCUUCACCAUCUCCUCCACCAUACUACUACAUAUCACCUCCCCCACUAUCACCAUCUUCUCCCACCUACUACUACAAUUCUCCAUCUCUUCUUUCUUCACCAUCUCCUCCAACCUACUAUUACAAAUUACUUCCACCGCCAGUGAAAUCACCUCCACCCCUCACGUAUGCACAUUCCCGCCUCCUCCCGUGUCCUGUCAUAUAUUAAGCCCAGAAUAUGGACCCCUAUUUCAAUUAUGUAAGAUGAAACUUGGCUUCAUCAAUAACAAUUUUCAGUAUUUCAGGAGUUCUGUAUAAACAAUAAUGCUAUGUUAUAAUUAUGUUGGCAGCAGAUCUAUUUCCUCUUUCAGGCACUUGGUUUAUCACUGUACGGUAGUUAGGAGAUUCAAUAUGAAGUAAAGUUUGCAGUCUUUGCCUCUA